UGUUAAUCGACACAGCAGGCGAGCCCCGGCCCGGAACGCUCGCCGGCUUCGAGCUGAGUGCCUCUCGCGCCUGGCGCAGCUUUUUGCGGCAUUCGUGAGCAGUGCCAUGCAACCCAUCACAACCCAAAGCUGGGCCGCCGAAGCCACCCUAGCCGAGACGCCCGGCAAGCUCGAGGUCGACGACGACUGGGUGCGCGGGACGUUGCGACUGACGGCGUCCGGCGUGAGCUUCGUGCCGCUCGAAGGCGGGCAGCAGCGGCAGAUCCCGAUCGGCACGCUGCUCCGCGUCGUCACGCACGACCGGCGGCGCCGCUGGAAGAAGGCGCGGCCCUGCGUCGAGCUCUGGGCGGCGAACGGCACGAAGGCGACCUUCGACUGUCGGGACGACCGCCGGCGCCGGGCCUUCGCGAGCGCCGCCGAGAAGGCCGUCGCCGACCACGCGACGGGCUUCAAGCCCUCGGACGCGGGUAUCGGCGGCCUCGCGCGGCGGCGGCGGCGUAGAAGGCGGCGCCACGAGGGCCUGGCGGAGGACACGCGCGCGGACCUCAAAGCAUUGGCGGCGCGGGCCGGCGAGGUCGUCUCCGUGCUCAAGCGCUACGGCGACGCCUCGGCGGCGUCGGCCUUCUGCGUCGCCGACGCCGAGGCCGCGACCGUGGACACGAGCGACGCGCGGCAGCUCGCGGCGUCGGCGGCGAGGGUCGCGGAGCGCCUGCUGGAAAGGCGGCCGACGUGCUCCCUGGCGGACCUGUGGUGCGCCUACAACCGCGCUAGGGGCGUCGCGCUCGUGUCGCCCGACGACCUCGCGGACGCGUGCGCGCGGUACCUCGCCGUCGACGCGCCGCGGCGCCUCGCCGACGCGCCCGUCGCGAUGCGCACGCUGCGGUCGGGCGUGCGUAUCAUUUACAAUGCGGGCGACGACGUGCCGGGCCGCGUCGCCGCCGCCGUGCCGGCGGCGGGCGCGUCGGCGCCGGCCGUCGCGCGCGCGCUCCGCGGGCCCGCGGCGCUCGGCCUGGAGCACUGCCUCGACGCCGAGGCCGCGGGCCGGCUCUGCCGCGACGCCGGGCCCGCGGGCCUCGCGUUCUUCCCGAACCGGUUCCUCGCGUGA